AUGUCCACCUUCUGCCUGGGCUUGGCCGGCCUCGCUUCAGCACCUGCGGAGCCGGACAGCGCCUGCUGCAUGGAGCUGCCCGCCGCGGCCGAGGACGCAGUCCGGAGUCCCGUCGCCACCACCGCAGCUGCCGCCGCCGCCCUCAUCUCCUUCCCCGGGGGUCCCGGGGACCUGGAACUGGCGCUAGAGGAGGAGCUGGCGCUGUUGGCGGCCGGGGAACGGCCGUCCGACCCCGGGGAGCAUUCUCAGGCCGAGCCCGGGCCUCUAGCCGAGGGGGCUGGACCGCAGUCGCCGCCGAUCCAAGACCCCGAGCUGCUGUCGGUGAUCCGGCAGAAGGAGAAGGAUUUGGUGUUGGCGGCCCGGCUGGGCAAGGCGCUGCUGGAGAGGAACCAGGACAUGAGCCGGCAGUACGAGCAGAUGCACAAGGAGCUGACCGACAAGCUGGAGCACUUAGAACAAGAGAAACACGAACUGAGAAGACGAUUUGAGAACCGAGAAGGGGAAUGGGAAGGGCGAGUGUCAGAGCUGGAGAGCGAUGUGAAACAGCUACAGGAUGAGUUGGAGAGGCAGCAAGUCCAUCUGCGGGAAGCAGAUCGAGAAAAAACACGGGUUGUCCAGGAAUUGUCAGAACAGAACCAAAGGUUAUUGGAUCAACUCAGCAGGGCAUCGGAAGUCGAGAGACAGCUCUCCAUGCAGGUCCAUGCCCUCAGAGAAGACUUUCGGGAGAAAAAUUCGUCAACCAACCAGCACAUCAUCCGGCUUGAGAGCCUUCAGGCUGAGAUCAAGAUGUUGUCAGAUCGGAAACGAGAACUGGAGCAUCGUCUCAGCGCCACCUUAGAGGAGAAUGACCUGCUGCAAGGGACCGUGGAGGAGCUGCAGGACCGGGUGCUGAUCCUGGAGAGGCAGGGCCAUGACAAAGACCUGCAGCUGCACCAAAGCCAGCUGGAGCUCCAGGAGGUGCGACUGUCCUAUCGGCAGCUGCAGGUGAAGGUGGAGGAGCUCACUGAGGAGAGGAGCCUGCAGCGUUCGGCCGCCACCAGUACCUCCCUGCUGUCCGAGAUUGAGCAGAGUAUGGAAGCCGAGGAGCUGGAGCAGGAGAGAGAGCAGCUGAGACUGCAGCUCUGGGAAGCCUACUGCCAGGUUCGCUAUCUCUGCUCACACCUUCGAGGAAAUGACAGUGCCGACUCAGCUGUGUCCACAGACUCCUCCAUGGACGAGUCUUCAGAAACCUCAUCUGCCAAGGAUGUGCCAGCUGGCAGCCUACGCACUGCCCUUAAUGAGCUCAAGAGACUGAUACAAAGCAUCGUGGACGGCAUGGAGCCCACGGUGACAUUGCUGAGUGUGGAGAUGACUACACUGAAGGAAGAGAGGGACCGACUCAGAGUGACAUCUGAGGACAAGGAGCCAAAGGAACAGCUUCAGAAGGCCAUCAGGGACCGGGAUGAGGCCAUUGCAAAGAAGAACGCUGUGGAGCUGGAACUCGCCAAGUGCAAGAUGGACAUGAUGUCUCUCAACAGCCAACUGCUGGAUGCCAUUCAGCAGAAACUGAACCUCUCGCAGCAGCUUGAGGCUUGGCAGGAUGACAUGCACCGGGUCAUUGACCGGCAGCUGAUGGACACGCACCUGAAGGAACGGAGCCAGCCUGCUGCUGCCUUCUCCCGCGGCCAUAGCACAGGGCGGGUGCGUGAGCCCAGCACCACAGAAGGCAGACGGCUCUUCUCCUUCUUCAGGAAGAUUUAAGUUGGGAGAAGUUGGGCCACCAAGGACGGGGUGGGGGCUGGCAGCAGCUGAAAAGUUGCUGUUAGCGAGAGCUUCCUCUGUGGCUAGGGAUGGGACAGCCACACUACUCACACCCUGGGACCCAGUUGGUCCCCAAGAGCCUGUUCCUUUUUGUCAGUGUGGAUGGAGGCUAAAGUGGUGGGGGUACCUGCUUUAACCUCUCUCUAAAGGCUGCUCUCAACAGGGACAGGCGGAAACCCUGUCCCUACUGCCCGGCCACACCCGAGCCUAGGCUUCUCCAAGACCCAUUGCUGGGCAGGGCUAGGCUACCUCCCAGAGUGGCCCCUCAGUUGUGCUGUGCCGCUCAGACCCAGCUGAUCACAGCCCACCCCACAGGCUCUGUGGCCACCUGUUUUAGAUGACGGGGAACAAAAGAAGUGGAGGCCCCUCCUCUGCAUGCUCAGAAGGCCUGAGCCUUUAUUCCUGCCCCAACCCUGGCCCAGUGAGUGAGGGGAGGCCCUCCUCACCCAUGUGCAUGCACCUGUGCUGGAGCCCCUCCCCGGCAGGAGGCCCAGCCUGCUGCUGCAGGGCCUCAGGUGUAUGCGAGCUCGGCUGAGGCCAGCCUGAGCCCCAGGGAGAAGGAAAGAGCCGGCCUCCCUUGCCUCCUCCAGUGCAGUCCUUACACCCUGGCGAGGCCAGGGCCAGGCAGCCUGUUCUCACUGGUCCUCUGCAGGCCUUAGCCAUCCAGCCCGGUCCCCUUUGUGGGGCCAGGGCUGAGGGGGCUUGUCUCCCUCCCACAGCCCCUCCCACCUCAAAUACAACUUCCUGGCCCAGCCCAGCAAGUCUAGGCCCUGUAAUGGCCUUAGAGGGGCCUGGUCAGCCGCCCUCACGUUGAAGGCCUCGUGGGUGCCACAGGGUGGAUGGGACGAGGCUGUGGGAGCCCCCAGAUACUGCCCACCAGGCCUGCGAGGACAAGGCCUGUAGCCUGCUGCUUCUGCUCCUUCCACAGCAGCCACCUCACAGUCUGUCUCUGCGGAGGCCCCAACUCAGAGGCUGCGCGGGCCCAGCCUGCAGCUGCUUACCACUGAUUCAGCCUCCCACCCUCAUGGGGAA